AGUCAUGCGUGAUUGUUCACAGUUGUUUAGUGAGUGAAGGCGAUCAGAGGAAACGCGCUGUGCUUGUGUGAAGAGCAUGACAGGAGAAAGUUAAAAGUUUCAAUGUAUUUAUUUCCACAUUUCAGUUAGUUUUACUGAAGAAGCCAUGGAGCCCAUAACUAAGUGGACGCCGAGGCAAGUUGUCGACUGGAUGAAAGGUUUGGAUGAUAGCUUGCAGCAGUAUGUCAGCAACUUUGAGAGGGAAAAGAUCAGUGGAGAACAGCUAUUGAAGAUCACUCAUCAAGACUUGGAGGAGCUUGGCGUGGCAAGGAUUGGACACCAGGAACUGGUCCUGGAGGCUGUGGAUCUUCUCUGUGCUUUGAACUAUGGAGUGGAAACGGAUAACCUGAAGAAUCUUGUUGUGAGGAUGAGAGCUGCCAGCAGCAGUCUACGCAUUGCUACGAACGAUCGCAGGAAAAGCCCCCCGUCCGAGGGAAGCAUGACCCGCAAGCCACCGAAUGAUUUCCUCACUUCUGUGGUGGAGCUAAUUGGUGCUGCAAAGAGCCUUCUGGCUUGGCUUGACAGGACACCUCUCACCGGGAUCAGCGACUUCACUGCUACCAAGAACAAGAUCAUCCAGCUGUGCCUGGAGUUAACCACCACAGUUCAGCAGGACUGCAGCAUUUAUGAGAUGGAAGAAAAGAUCCUGGAAGUUUCCAAGACUUUGAACGACAUCUGCGAUCAGACCGUGAGAACCACAUCAGACCCCCUCAUGAGCCAGUCUGCCUGUCUGGAGGAAGUCCAGCUGACCAACAUCAAACCAGGAGAGGGGCUGGGAAUGUACAUUAAGUCGACGUACGACGGUCUGCAUGUCAUCACUGGAACCACAGAACAUUCUCCUGCUGACCUUUCAAGGAAGAUCCAUGCAGGUGAUGAAGUGAUUCAAGUCAACCAGCAAACAGUGGUUGGCUGGCUGCUGAAAAACCUUGUUUUCAAACUGAGAGAGGACCCCAAAGGUGUUGUUUUACUACUGAAGAAGAGGCCAACGGGCACUUCGAGUUUUACCCCCGCCCCGCUUAAGAACAUGCGCUGGAAGCCCCCUGUACCUCAGAAUAAUUCCUCCCUGAUCAGAUCCCAGUCCCCCUCCAGUUCGGCUAAUGGAUCCACUAAAAAGGAGAAGCCAGCCAUUACGGACUUGUACAUUCCUCCACCGCCUCAGAUGCCGUACACUCCACGAGAGUUGAGGACAGACUCCCUCUCCAGCGUUUGUAAAAGACCAAAGGGCUCUGAGUCACCCAACUCCUUCUUGGACCAGGAGAGCAGAAAACGCAACACCAUCCAAGAUUAUGACAAGUUGAGCCCUGGCUGUCCAAUCGAAGCCAACGUGAUCCAGCCCAGGAUGAGGGAGCAUAAAGCUUCACGCGGUAAGCCCCGGCCGCUGUCGAUGCCCGCAGACACAUGUGUAGCGGUAAUGGACACGUACGCCAAGCCCUGGGCACAUGGCAGAAAAGGUGAGGAUCUGCUGUACAGAUACCUCAGUAACGAGCGGAUUCCCACCAUUGCCGAAGAGGUCCCAUCGGCGUCCUCCGCCUACAGGCCAGCGAGGGAACGUCAGCUGGUCCGAGUGGACCGCAUCCGACACAGCUGCUACUAUUCGAACUCAGACCUCCACAACAGCGCCACCAUCCCCUACCAGGAGGACAUGAAAAAGGCCUCAGUUAGCCCCAACUCAAAGCGCACACCGGCAGAGCGCUCACUACUGGUCAGUUGGAUCACGCGGCUUAAGCUGUUGACUCACUGAUGAUGUGCUUCCUGUGCCGGGGCUUCCUAUCCCUGUCCUGUGUUCUUCCUCAGUGCCUUCAGUGUUUUAUCAUCAAGCAGUUUCGGGCUCUCUCGCUCUCCUUUCUGACCCCACACCUCCAUAUUCUCAUGGUUUAAUGGCUACUACCAACUACUACUACUACUUCUCCGCAAACAACCAUGCUUUUGUAGUUCUCACUACAUUAGGUCAUUGCCUCUUUAACCCCACCCUAAAUCCUGAUGUCAGACUAGAAAACUCCUGUUAACUCAGGUUUAAAAAAAAUCUUGGCCUUGUUCUCUUUACAGACUUCUGUGUACAUAUUUAAGUUAUGUCAUUUUUUCCGUUAAGAUGUUUUCUGGUAUAAAUAUUUAACCACUGAAGUUAGUCUUUAGUUAUGUGAUUCUUUUGGUUUUGAUUUUUGAAUAUAGAAAAAUUGUUCACAAAACUGCUUUUGAAUUGAUGACAUUACUUUCAAAAAUAAUAAUGUUUAGUCUUGUGAGGAGAUUUUUAUUUUAUUUCUACCUACUGAUUUCUUCUGCCUUUGGUUUUUUUGCGAUUUCAGUAUUUGGGAGCAUAAAAUAAAUCCUAAUAUCAGACAAGAAAAAUCAUUAUUAUUUUGUUAAAAAUACCUAAAUUAAGUUUUUCCCUCCCCAAAAAAAGUAAGCGCACUAUAAUACAUUUUGUUAAAGGUUAAUCAUGUACUUCCUCAGAAAAAUCAUUUCUGUUUUAUCACUCGAUCUGCGCCGGAAAUGAGAUCCUGCACUAUUUCCGUGAGCUAACUUGUUUGGCUUUGGAUUUAAACAUAAACCUAAUCUUUUUGAGUUUUAUGUUUUCCAUUCCUGAUAACAUUGUGGAAUAUAGUGCGUGAUCUAAAGAAAGAAAAACUAAAAUGCAGAUAAACAUGUGACUGCUCUGAGAAUGUCCCAUGAUGAUGUCAGACAAGCAAUUUAACAGAAAAAAUAUAAAAAGCAUCAAAAUUGUCUCACAAAAGUCAUGAAACAUUUUUUUAAAGAUGUGUAUUCACAUUUUUUAGAGAGUUAUGGAUAGAUAUAAUAACUAUUAUUUAUGGACAACCUGAUGUAUAUUUGUUCGUGCAUGCGCAGGACGGAUCAUGCUUCCAGGACGGAUCGGGUAGUGACAAUGCUAGCUUGUUAGCUAUAUGGACCAGGAACCUUUUCUGACCAUUGUAGAAUAUGCAUUUUAAUAUGAAACCCCAUUUCUUCUAGUACAACCCUCCCUCCUCCUCUUGCCUGCCAAACUGCAACCUGAUAGUAAUAUAAUGUUAUAAAAAAAAAAAAAAAUGUAAUUCUUUUAAAAUCCUCGACAACAAAAAUUUUGAAUUUAUUCAUUAGUCCCAGAGUAGUCACAGAGUAGAAAAUUAGGAUUUGAAGGGGAGUUUUUGGAUUUUGCUUAGAUCAGGCAGACAGCUUCUAUUCAAAUUAUGUCUAAAAAAAAGAUGCCUAAUUUACGUUUUAGUAUGGGGGUAAAUAUUUUUCGCAAUGGGCCAGGCUAAUUUAGAUGGUUAUUUCUUGUCAUUAGUCUAAUCAUCAUGUGAAAAUGGCUUUUUGCAUUUACUGAAGCUUUAUUUGUCAAUUGGAUCUCAAGUAUUUGAGAAUGACGAAGAAACAAAAAAGGAAGAAAUCAGUAUGGUAUUCGAAGCGUUUUCACAUCACUGUACUUUACAGUCUGCCACAUUGCCUCUUGUAAGCUAUGCAUAAAAGCUCUGCAGUCAACCAAGCUCACCGUACUGCACUGGUUUUUGAUGUUUACAUAUAUAUUAAUAAGCAAAUAUUUGUGCAUAUUUAAAACUAUGCACAUGGAUUUUUAGUUUAGGCUACAGUUUAAAACAUGGGUCUGAGUACCGUCUGAUGGAUUGCUCUGGACAAGAAGAAAAGGAAUGUCAGUAUUAUUUAAAGACUCAAAAUAACAGGAGGUGUCUGUUACUUUUUCUGCGUUUUUGUAAGAUUUAAAGGCAUUUUAUUAAAAAUGGCAGUUCAUUUCAGUGA